AUGAACCAGGAACCGCACGCCGGGAUCUGGAUGACGAGCGGGAAUUGGGAUUUGUACAAAAAGAGGAAGAAAAGGAGUUGGAUUGCUUCACGAUUUCAUGUACCACCGACCCAGACCCUCGCGCUCGUGUAUAUUGUCGGGUCUUGGGCUCUAGGAUCUCCGCUCUACUUCACCCCUCGUCUUGCUUGA